AUGGCUAUCCGAGAAGCACUUACUCGAGCCGAUCCGGCAAAGAGAAGCUUUCGGAGUAACCAGGAGAUCUGCGUUUCUGCGGACCAUUUGAUCCGGUCUAUCGUGGAGUGCAUCGAGGAUAUGAUCUUACUGACCUCUAAAGAAAAGACCUCGUGGAGACAGAAACUGGCCACUGCUCCCAGGUUCAGGCAUCGAACGCCACCGCCAGAUCCUGAUAUGAUUCUGGGCAAGCUGGAAGAGGCUCUGGAGGAAUUCGAGCGCGUGAUCGAUCAGGUACGGAAUAAUGUUAUUGAAGGUACAGGACUUCUGACUCAGUCAAUGGCAAUGAGACUGCCUGUCAUGAAUCGCAGUAUUCUGGAGACAAAUGAGAGCCUUAGAGUGUUCGAUGAGAAGCAGGAUGAACGGGAUAAGGACUACAAAAGGGGCUAUGAUGCUCUCUACAACUUACUCCAUCAAAUUAGGGCAGAUAUACAGAAUAUCGCUGCAAGGGAGAACAAUAGACAGAACAUGCAAGGGGAUGAUCAGGUUAUAACAAGAAAUGAAGUCCUCCAAAUCUUGCUGGAAUCCAAGAGUAGGGCGGAAUUUACCUUGUUUUGA